CAGAUCGUUAAGUUCUUGCUCUCAGAAGCAUCCGCAGACUUCUGCAGACCAGAGGACGAAUGCCGCUUCCUCGAAGAGCAAGACAAGGAUCUUAUUACUUAUACCGACCUCCUGUCUCCUUUCGAGGAACUCAUAUGCGCGGUCAUACUCUCGCGUCCGAUUUCCCAUCGAUUGGGUCUCAGGACUAUACGCACCAUCCUCAAUCCGCCAUAUUCCUUCAAGGACGCAGAUUCAAUUCGCGAGGCAGGCGCGGAAAAGAUCCACGAAGCUCUCGAAGAUGCCCGAACGCAGCACAAAGGCAAGACUGCGGAAGAGAUAGCUUUGGUCGCGGAUGCCAUCUCGACCAAUGAGUGGGACAACGACUUAAAGAAUCUUCGCGAAGACGCCAAGAAGAAUGUCAAGAAAGAGCGGGAGAUGCUUCGAUCCAGUAUCAAGGGGCUUGGUCCGACGGGGUUAGACAUCUUUUAUCGACGGGUCCAGUGGCUUUGGCAUGAGGUUUUUCCAUUCAUUGACAAGCGGACCAGCGAAGCUCUUGGCAAGUUGGGACUGCCGGUGAAGGCGGAGGAUUUAAGAGACUUGAUAAAGGACAAUUGGGACGCACUAGACGCUCCGAACAAAGAGGAAGAUAGGGCAGAGAAUAGAGCGUUUGUUCAGGUUCUUGAACGUGCUAUCAGCGCUGACCUCGAGAAGAAGGUAGAUCAACUCUUGGGGAAGGCCAGC